AUGCCCCGCAGCCUGCACGCCGCCGCCGUUCUCCUGCUCCUCUGCUUCAAGGAACAGCCGGCCCGCCCAGCCCCGCUCAACGGAUCCAAGUGGAGCUAUUUUGGUCCCGAUGGGGAGAAGAGCUGGUCCAAGAAGUACCCAUCAUGUGGGGGUGUGCUGCAGUCCCCAAUAGACCUGCACAGUGACAUCCUCCAGUACGACGCCAGCCUUGUGCCCCUGGGGUUCCAAGGCUACAAUGUUUCUGCCAACGAGCAGUUUAUCCUGAUCAACGAUGGCCAUUCAGUGAGGCUGAACCUGACCCCGGACAUGCACCUCCAGGGCCUCCGGUCCCGCUACACCGCCACACAGCUGCACCUGCACUGGGGGAACCAGAAUGACCCGCACGGCUCCGAGCACACUAUCGGAGGGAAGCACUUUGCCGCGGAGCUGCAUAUCGUCCACUAUAACUCGGACCUGUACCCCAACGCCAGCUCCGCCAGUAACAAGUCAGAGGGCCUUGCCGUCCUAGCUAUUCUCAUAGAGAUGGGCUCCUUCAAUCCAUCUUAUGACAAGAUCUUCAGAAACCUUCAAGAUGUAAGAUACAAAGGCCAAGAAGUGCUCAUUCCAGGUUUCAGCAUUGAAGAGCUGCUUCCUGAGAGGCCUGAUGAGUACUAUCGCUACAAAGGGUCCCUGACCACACCUCCUUGCCACCCCACCGUGCUCUGGACGGUUUUCCGGAACCCUGUGCAAAUUUCCCAGGAGCAGCUGCUGGCUUUGGAGACUGCUCUGUACUACACAUACGUGGAUGACCCAUCCCCCAGAGAAAUGGUCAACAACUUCCGGCAGGUCCAGGAGUUUGAGGAGAGGCAGGUGUACAUCUCUUUCCGGCAAGUGCAAGACCUUACGUACGCAGGACUGAGUCUGGGCAUUAUCCUUUCAGUGGUCCUGGCUGGCGUUCUUGGCAUCUGUGUUGUCCUGGCAGUGUCCAUUUGGCUUUUCAGAAGAAAGAAGAGCAAAAAGGGUGACAACAAAGGAGUCAUUUACAAACCAGCCAUCAAGAAGGAGACUGAGGCCCAUGCCUGA